AUUCCGCAGAAGUUGCGAGGCGCUGCGGGCGUGGCAGUGCGGGGCUCGGAGGGCUGUUGGCUGAUCGCUGGGGCACGAGGUUUGGAUUACGAUGCCGUGCGCGUAGCGUGUUCUCCGCUCUCCGGUCGCAGCUGUCCGUUCUCCGUCGCUGUGCGUAAUUGCGCGCGUCCCUAUACUACCCGAGACCGUUUGUGCGUGUAUAUUAAUUUACACAUAUACCUAUAUAUGUAUAUAUGAGUGAUUGAGUGUGUGUGUAUAUAGGUUGUAUAUGCGUAUGUGAUAUAUACACACACACAUAUACAAACACACGCGCGCGCACACACAAACACACACGCGCUCCAACAACUGGAUGUGGCUGUCGGUGGAUUGGGACUGGAGCGCGCGGGCUGCUGAUAGAGGCGAUUAUUGAUCCGGGUGAUCAAUCGCCUCGCGGCAACGUUGAGGCCACUCUCUCUCUCUCUCUCUCUCACACAUUAACACACACACACUCACACACACACUGAGUGAUUGAUGAUCGAUUGAUGAUCGAUUAAUGUAGCACCGCGCGCGAGCUCACGUGUGAAACUUGUUUGAUCGGCUACGCGCGUGCGUGCGUGCAUUUCGCCGCUUUUAUUAUAUAUUUUUAUUAAUUUUUAUCAUAUUUUUUGCGCCAAAUCCGCGCGGAUCGGUAAAGAAUGGGCUGCACGGUGAGCGCCGAGGACAAGGCGGCGGCGGAGAGAUCCAAAAUGAUCGAUAAGAACCUCCGCGAGGAUGGAGAGAAGGCUGCGCGAGAGGUGAAGCUGCUCCUGCUGGGUGCUGGUGAAUCUGGGAAAAGCACCAUUGUAAAGCAGAUGAAGAUCAUCCACGAGGACGGAUACUCAGAAGACGAGUGUAAGCAGUACAGAGCUGUGGUCUACAGCAACACCAUCCAGUCCAUCAUGGCCAUCAUCAAAGCCAUGGGAAACCUCAAGAUCGAGUACAGUGACACAUCGAGAGCGGAUGAUGCACGGCAGCUCUUUGCACUGUCUGCAGCAGCAGAAGAGCAGGGAAUCCUCCCAGACGAUUUAUCCAACGUGAUCCGCAGACUGUGGGCCGACAGCGGGGUGCAGGGCUGCUUCGGCCGCUCCCGAGAGUACCAGCUCAAUGACUCUGCAGCUUAUUAUCUGAAUGAUCUUGAGAGGAUAGCACGAGCAGACUACAUUCCCACCCAGCAGGACGUGCUGAGGACCAGAGUCAAAACCACCGGCAUCGUCGAGACGCACUUCACUUUUAAGGACCUGCACUUCAAGAUGUUUGAUGUUGGAGGUCAGAGGUCAGAGAGGAAGAAGUGGAUCCACUGUUUUGAGGGAGUGACCGCCAUCAUCUUCUGCGUGGCCCUCAGCGCAUAUGACCUGGUGCUGGCUGAGGAUGAGGAGAUGAACCGAAUGCACGAGAGUAUGAAGCUCUUCGACUCCAUCUGCAACAACAAGUGGUUCACAGAGACCUCCAUCAUCCUCUUCCUGAAUAAGAAGGACCUGUUUGAGGAGAAGAUCACGAGCAGUCCUCUCACCAUCUGCUUCCCCGAGUACUCAGGAGCUAAUAAAUACGAUGAGGCAGCGAGCUACAUCCAGACUAAAUUCGAGGAUCUGAACAAGAAAAAAGACACAAAAGAGAUUUACACUCACUUCACCUGCGCCACCGACACCAAGAACGUGCAGUUCGUCUUCGACGCCGUCACCGACGUCAUCAUCAAAAACAACCUGAAGGACUGCGGCCUUUUCUAAAGACCUGGCCAGGAGAGAGACGCCCAGGUAAAUCCUGACUGGGUGGUGCUUCUGCAGCACAACGCCAGACUGCCUACAAACCCUGAAUUUUUAUUUUAUACCCGGAGGAGAAAAAAGACAGAGAAACGCAACAAACUAGAAGAAAAGGAAAAUAAUGCAAAAUCACCAUCACUGAAUUCCAAAACACACCUUCUCUCCUGCACCUAAUUUUUAUUAUUAUUGUUAUUAUUAUUAUUAUUAUUAUUAUUAUUUUUGUAAAUAUUUUAUUUUAAGGAGUUUUUUUUUUUCUUUCGAUUGAAAAAAAGCAGCAGUGAUUUCUGAUAUGUUUCUCUUACCCUUUGACCUUUUUUGCUUUUGAUUGACAGGGCAAAAGAAGAGGGCGGGGAUAAAAAAAUGCGUUUGAUAUAUAAAACCUGUUUCCUUUUCUUAAACAGAUGUGCAGAAUUUUAUUGAAUUAACUGCCUGAAGCUUCUUUUUGUAAAAGCUCUGAGAGCACAGAGCGAUUUUUGCUUUUUUACUCACCUGAUGAUUCCACGCUCCCGGCUCGACUGUACAGAGAACUGCAUGACUGACCAUAAAAAUAAAAACAGAUAAAAAUAAAAACAGCUCGCUCCGGCUCGGCCGCAGUGCAACGCUCCCUCUGCAGCUCAGCUCACGCAUUUAACCUCCUGAAAUCCUCGCUUCACUGCAAAAACUCAAGCUUAGCAAGUUAAAUCCUCUUAAAUCCAGUUUAAAUAUCUGAAACUUCUCAGUUUUGCAUUUUUUUUAGGUUUUUAUAGGAAUUUUUAACUUAUUUCUAACUUAAACACUUCAAAAAAAUAGACAAAAACUAGACAACAUACAUGUAAAUUGAGAUUAUGUGUAAAUUGUACUUAUAAUAAGGAAAUAAAUCUGCCAAUGGGGUAAACACUAUUUUUCUUAGUUUGAUUUCCUAAAAUGACUGAAAGUAAGAUUAAAUCAAGCAAAAAUCACAAAUUUUAUCUCUUAAAUUUGGACACAAAAAUCAUGAUAAUUUUCGGUGUCUAUUUUGAGACUAAAACUUAAAAUAAGAUAAAAGUUCUAAGUACACUGCAAAAAAUUAAAUAAUAAUUGGCAAAAACUAGACAAAAUAUAUGUAAAUAGAGAUGUAUAUACUCAUACCAAACAAAAAAAAUCUUAGUAAGAUUUCUUAAAAUAAGCUUUAAUCACAAAAUGAGUGAAGUAAGACUUAAAUCAGUCAAAAAUCACAGAUAUUUUGGCUUACAUUUUAUCAUAAGUAUCAGAGUUUUAUUGUGUUUAUUUUAAGUUUUAAUUAUUGAAAGGUGAAAAUUCUAAAUGAGACUGAUUAAGAUUAUUAUUCCUAAAAUAACCGAAAUAACCUUUCACUUAUACAAAACUAAGUAAGACAAAAAUCAGAUAAAAAAACAUUUGAUUGCCUUUAAAUUAUAUAAUUUCACUUUCUAAGAUUUCAUUUUUUAGGUGUAUUUCCAUGUUUUAAGUAUUUUAAUCUAUUAAGUGUCUUAUUUCCUUGUUUUUAACAUCAAACCAGCUUACAAUUAGGGAAUUUUAGUAGAUUAAAUAAUUCACUUAAAACAAGCACCAAUAAAUUAGAAAUAAGUUAUAAAUUCUUAUAAUAAAACUUUACCAAUCUCAAGAUGAGAAAUAUUAGAUAGUUUGGCCACAUUUCAGAGGAUUUCUCUUGAUAAGAUUUAGUUUUUUUGCAGUGUUCACUUUAAUAAACACUGUACACUUGUGACUAAUGUUUAAAAUGCAUAACUCUCUCGUCUUUCACUGUUCUUUCCUUUCGUGCUCCUCCCCCGUUCUCUCGUUCUCUCUCUCUCUCUCUGUUCUGUGCCUUGACUUCCAGUUUUCACAUCGUCUGUAGAGUUUAGAGCAGAUUCAGUUUCACAAUAUCAAAUAAGGAAGAUAGAAAAACGAAGACGAUGAUCUUCAGGAUGAGGAGAGAGGAGAAAAAUGAAAAUACCUGAAAUUUUUAAUGAAAAUAAAAGUUGAUUCACAAGCGUGAAA